AUGUGUUGGUUACCUGUAGCCUUUGUUCUGCUCUUCCACGUCAAUGGCGGUUGGUGUUGUCCCCGCCCUGAAAGAGAUUACCUUUUGCGUUUCAAGGAUUCUGUUGUUGAUCCCUCCAAUCAAUUGCUCAACUCAUGGCAUGGUUUCAACUGUUGUGAGUGGAAUGGAAUCCAAUGCCAUCCUCACACACAUCAUGUCAUUCGUCUCGAUCUCCACACUUCCAGGCAUGCUUAUGAAGAUGGUGAUCAUCCUAAUGUCAAAAGGCCUCUGAGUAAUCUAACUGGGGAUGUUCUUUCCCCAUUGUUCAAUCUGGAACAGUUGGAGCAGUUGGAUGUCAGUUGGAAUAACUUUUCUGCAGUUCCCAUCCCUCCUGGAUUGGCCAGACUCAAGAGUUUGCGCUACUUGGACUUAUCAGAGGCUGGAUUUAGUGGAGAUAUUCCCAGGGAGCUGGGGAACAUGUCUACUUUGCACUACUUGGAUCUAUCGAACUAUGAUCUGAGAAUGGUGGGCAUACGGGCGUGGACUGGAAACAUGAGAGAUUUACGGGAGCUCAUCCUGGACCAUGUGAACAUGUCAAGAGUGGAAAGCAAUGAGUUGGACAACGCUCUCUCCACCAUGUACGCUCUCACCCAUCUUCAAAUGUACGAGUGUGAUCUUUCUGGAGAAACUCCCCCUUCCCUUGCCAACCUCACCAAUCUCACCCACCUCCAACUUGGUGGGAACGGUUUUACUGGUAGCAUCCCUUCUGCCCUGCUGAGCCUUCCAAGACUGCAACUACUGGACUUGUCCUAUAACUACCAUCUGGGAGGGAAGCUGUCAAGCAUUCUACCCCAACUCUCUGCUUCCCUUCACACCCUCUACCUUUCAGGCACAGCAAUGGGAGGAACCAUUCCGGACUCUGCUGCCAACAUUUCCUCGUUAACUAUCUUGCAUCUCUCAGACUGCCGUGUUGAAAGUAUACCGAUUACUAUGGCAAAUCUCACAGCGCUUAUAGAAUUGGAUCUCUAUAAUAACGUGUUAAGAGGCCACAUCCCGCCGUUUGGGGAUAGACCUCCGUUGGCAAGACCUUUUCCUUUGGCCUAUAUUGAUCUAUCCCAGAACCAUUUGGAUGGUCCCGUUCCCCCAAUGCUGUUGACUGCAUUUCCGAAUCUCCAAUAUGUUGAUUUGAGUUACAAUCAAUUGAAUGGCAGUAUUCCAUCCCCCGCCGGUACGCUUCACUACCUUACAUGGCUUGAUCUAGGCAACAACAAUUUAGAAGGUGCCAUCCCUCUCAACAUUUCCAAUCUUCCUAAACUGAAUAGCCUGUACCUGCACUCCAACCGGUUAAGUGGGACUUUUUCAGAGUCUCACCUUGAUAAUCUCAGCCAGCUCGUCCAUUUAGACAUUUCCGAUAAUCUUUUAACUGCCAAGUUCAGUCCAACAUGGAUUCCAAGAUUCUCUUUGGAAAAGCUGGGAUUAAGGUCAUGUAACGUGGAAGGCGGUAUUCCAACAUUCCUAAUAACUCAAUAUUGGGUUCGAGAUGUGGAUUUGUCCAACUGCAGCCUUACAGGAAAUAUUCCCCAGUGGAUAUGCGCUGUCAAUUCUCUUCAGAAUCUCAAUCUUUCUCAUAAUCACUUUACAGGAUUUCCAUCUCAUUCGGUGAUGGGAAGUCGAUUGUGGAGUCUGGAUUUGCAUAGCAAUAAUUUACAAGGGCAGCUUCCGCUCCUUUCUGAUGUCCUGUUGUAUCUGGACGUGUCAGAGAAUCAACUCAGUGGAUCCAUUCCAACAGAAUAUUCUAGUCUUCCAUAUCUGUCUCUCUCUCGAAAUUAUCUCAACGGCAGCAUUCCACCGUCUAUAUGCCAAAUACAGAUUGUGGAUCUCUCAAAUAACAAGCUUACAGGUAAGAUUCCUGCCUGUUUGAAAAAUAGCUCUUAUAUUAAGAUGUUGAAUUUAGAGAACAAUUAUUUGGAGGGCAAGUUGCGACGGGGGCUUGGAGACAUGCUUUCUCUUCAAACAUUAAAAUUGGGUGGAAAUGGACUGAAGUCGUAUAUCCCAUCCUCUCUUGCAAACAGUAAGGAGUUGGAGAUACUAGAUUUGAGCAAUAACAGAAUGAAAGGGAACAUUCCAACUUGGAUAGGGCAGCUUUCAAAGCUUAAGAUUUUGAUCUUGAGAUCAAAUAGAUUUGAAGGCAUAAUACCUUUAGAAGUCACAACACUGCCACUUCUUCAAAUCUUGGAUCUUUCAUCCAACAAAUUUUCAGGAAUCAUUCCCGCCACCAUUUCAUCUUUACAGGCCAUGAAAAACCAAACAGUAACAGCUGAAAUAUUUGAAGCUGGUACAGUUUUUAGCGACCUUUUCUAUGUGGAUCGAGUGACAGUCAUUAACAAAGCACAAGAAUUGGAGUAUGUAAGGUCAUUGGCACUGGUAAAAUGUAUUGAUCUAUCAAACAACAAUUUAGCAGGUGGAAUUCCUCCAGACAUGGGAUUGCUCGAGGGUUUGGUUAUUCUUAAUAUUUCAAGAAACCAUAUUACGGGUGAAAUCCCGAAGAGUUUGGGGAAAAUGCUACAAUUGGAGUCUCUUGAUUUGUCACACAACCAACUGUCUGGAAAUAUCCCUUUGGAGCUGCAAUCACUCACAUUCUUGGGUUACCUGGGCUUGUCCUGCAAUCAUCUUUCUGGUAGGAUACCACAAGGGGGACAAUUCUACACAUUUGAGGCAUCAUCCUUUUCAAACAAUUCAGGCCUGUGCGGCCUCCAACUCAAUACAACCUGUUGCGGCCUUCACCAAAGUAAACCUUGUCCGCCAAAUAUAGAGGUUGAUAAGAUGGAUGAAGAAGAAGAAGAAGAAGAAGAGAAGGAUACAUGGUGGGCAGUUGGUCUUGGAAUGAGCUUUGCAGUUGGGUUUUCAAUUGAUAUUCAUGGAUGCGCUCUAAUAGAUUACUCUCUUUCCGUUGUGGGGUGGAAACAACGAGCCCACGGUACUCAGGGUACCGUGGGCCCCCUGGCCUUCAAGCAGGCUUGUACCACGCAUCGUCGGCCUCCACCUGCCCGCUGGAACACCCCACUCUUUGGAAAACCUCGCCUGGUGCCGCUUCCUGGCUACCGCCCCCUACACCGCCUGACCGCUGCCCGCUCCGCCACUCCACUACUCCGCCACUGGAGCGCCACCCCCAGGCCACCUCCGCCCAACCCUGCCACCAAACAGCCUCCGUGUGCCCUCUCUCUUGCCUUUGUAGGGCGGUCAAAGUGGGCUCACUUUUUUGCACUUCCGGGGCCAUAG